AUGGAUAUCGACAUGAGCCGCCGGAAUAAGUCCCCUCGUCCCCUAUCUGACGGGGAGCGAAAGCGCUUGGAUGAAUUCAUCGAUUCGAUCCACUACUCCAACCGAUACAACGAUAGUUUCUUUGAAUACCGACACGUACAGCUCCCGAAGGCUAUGCUCAAGGUCAUUCCCAAAGACUAUCACGACGAGAACAAGGGAACCCUGAAGCUGUUAUGGGAGGAAGAGUGGCGAGCACUGGGCAUCACGCAGAGCCUGGGAUGGGAACACUACGAGGUCCACGAGCCGGAGCCUCACAUCCUCCUCUUCAAGCGCCCUAUCAACUACCAGCCCCCUACUCAGUGA